UAUCUACACAGCGGCGCCUUUCACCUGAAUACGGCGUCCGUUAUACCCCUGCGACGCCCCGCUGUUCAGUCGGGCGUGGAGACCCGCACUAUGUACCAGCAGUCCGGCGUUGGCUUACUUACCUGAGAUUUGGUAUUUGUAUCACAAGCCUACAUUCCGCCUCCACACCCUCACAAUGGCCGAAAAAGCUGCCUCUGCUUCCGGUGACCUGCGUUCUGCUGCAUCCAGAGCUCAGGAUCUUAUCACACGAGGCGAAUACCGCAUAAACCCAGUCGGAACCACGCUCUUCGUCCUCCUUCGCUCGCUCGAUCCGCUCCUACAAUAUUCUAUCCUCGCUCAUGGUGCUGGGACAGCGCUCCUCCACCGCGUGGGGCUGCGAACGCUUCCGCCCGGCCUUCCCACACAUACGGGAUAUCCAAUCAUUGAUAAUCUGGGCUUGUCUCCAUACAGGCUGAUCCUGCUGGGCAUGGCGGUUGGAAGUGCUUUCAAGCAUGACAUCUGGGCGGUAGCGAUUGGUGCUGAGCCGAUGAGUCCCCAAGUCGCGCUUGUCGUCAGCGUUUUCAACACGUUGGUGAAUAGCAUCAACAGUUACGCCUUCCUGCUCAGCGUGUCUUCGGCAUCCGCCCAGUCCACUUUCCCGCAGCCGAGUCUCAUCGUGGGCAGCGCACUCUAUGUGACAGGAAUCUUGAUCGAGCUCAUUGCUGAAGUGCAAAGGAAGCGCUUCAAGGCCGAUCCAAAGAACAAGGGAAAGCCAUAUACGGGCGGCUUGUGGAGCUUCGCACGGCAUAUCAACUACGGCGCAUACACGAUCUGGAGGGCGGGAUAUGGGACGGCUGCUGGGGGGUGGGCCCUCGGGAUCCUGAAUGGUGCUUUCUUCUUCUAUAACUUUGUCACUCGAGGCGUCCCUCUCCUUAACGAGUACUGUGAGAAGAGAUAUGGUGCGGACUGGGAAGCAUUCAAGCGCCAGACAAAGUAUGCACUCAUCCCCGGUAUCUAUUAGCCGCAGAGGGAAGAGCUGGCAAUUGUGUUACUGUGACUGCACCUCGCAGUAUUCCAGUCUACGAAGCGCGUACACGCCUUGUGUUCAUA